CACCAUGGUAACGUUGUAGCAACAUUUGUAAAAAUUGAAACGCCACACCAGCUACAAUGUUUCCAUAGUCCACAGUAAUUAAUUAAUGAGUUAAUUUCAUACACCUACACUCUUACAUCGAUCGAACAGUUUACUGCUAUGGAAUGUUACUCACAUUCCAAUCUUUGCUUUGACGGUCUAUUUGGAAGCCUCUUCAUUUUGCUAGGUGCGAAUCCUGAGUGCAAAAGGCUUCAUUCAGUUCAGUGGAAGUUUUAUUGGUGAAUAACGGUCCGGUCUUCAAACUCAGUCACCAUGUCUGAUACCAAGAUGUAUUACAGCAGACCAACUCUUAUUUCCAAUUGGUAAGUAGACUAGCCAACUAUUAAUUCUCAAAUAUGUCUCAACUUCACGGCUAUCUGCAGAUCAUAUGAAUGAUGUACCUAUUAUUUACAUCUAGGCAUAAAAACAGAGAGGCCGAGCCCAAAGACUAUGACUUCACUGUGUGUCCAGAUGGAAAGAAGAAACUCAGCAAAUCUACCUACAAACACUUUGGAACCUACAUGGAUGCAGUGAGCAAUACCGUCAAACAAUAUGAGAUUAUAUAUCAAUGCUUUUUCUUUGAUCUCGGUAGUUCAUGUAUCAGUUGGUCCUUUAAAACAUAAAUGAUAUAUGUUGUUGUUGUUGCUGCUGUGACAUAAUCUACUUCUUACCGAAGUUCCCUCUGGAAAAUAGCUAUAUAUUCUAACUGUUAUAUUCUAUGCUGUUCUACUCUUCUCUAUUCUAUGCUGUUCUACUCUUCUCUAUUGUAUUCUAUGCUGUUCUAUUCAUCUCUAUUCUAUGCUGUUCUACUCUUCUCUAUUGUAUUCUAUGCUGUUCUAUUCAUCUCUAUUCUAUGCUGUUCUACUCUUCUCUAUUGUAUUCUAUGCUUUUCUAUUAAUCUCUAUUCUAUGCUGUUCUACUCUUCUCUAUUGUAUUCUAUGCUGUUCUAUUCAUCUCUAUUCUAUGCCAUUCUACUCUUCUCUAUUGUAUUCUAUGCUGUUCUAUUCAUCUCUAUUGUAUUCUAUGCUGUUCUAUUCAUCUCUAUUCUAUGCUGUUCUACCCUUCUCUAUUGUAUUAUAUGCUGUUCUAUUCAUCUCUAUUCUAUGAUGUUCUACUCUUCUCUAUUGUAUUAUAUGCUGUUCUAUUCAUCUCUAUUCUAUGCUGUUCUACUCUUCUCUAUUGUAUUCUAUGCUGUUCUAUUCAUCUCUAUUCUAUGCUGUUCUAUUCAUCUCUAUUGUAUUCUAUGCUGUUCUAUUCAUCUCUAUUCUAUGCUGUUCUACCCUUCUCUAUUGUAUUAUAUGCUGUUCUAUUCAUCUCUAUUCUAUGAUGUUCUACUCUUCUCUAUUGUAUUAUAUGCUGUUCUAUUCAUCUCUAUUCUAUGCUGUUCCACUCUUCUCUAUUGUAUUCUAUGCUAUUCUAUUUAACCUCCAGGACUGGAGCACAAGCACAGAAACACAAAUGUCCCAGUAUCUCCUGAAGAGAGAUUAUGAGCCCAAGAAGACUCCUAAAUCUAUGGUGGAGGCUGACCACUUCCAGUCUGCAGGCUUUGACAGACGUACAGUCAGGUAGGCUGGAACUGUGGAACUGUAGCAUAGUGCCGUCAGGUACAGUAGCUGGCUAUAGGAGGACUGUAGCAUAGUGCCGUCAGGUACAGUAGCUGGCUAUAGGAGGACUGUAGCAUAGUGCCGUCAGGUACAGUAGCUGGCUAUAGGAGGACUGUAGCAUAGUGCCGUCAGGUACAGUAGCUGACUAUAGGAGGACUGUAGCAUAGUGCCGUCAGGUACAGUAGCUGGCUAUAGGAGGACUGUAGCAUAGUGCCGUCAGGUACAGUAGCUGGCUAUAGGAGGACUGUAGCAUAGUGCCGUCAGGUACAGUAGCUGGCUAUAGGAGGACUGUAGCAUAGUGCCGUCAGGUACAGUAGCUGGCUAUAGGAGGACUGUAGCAUAGUGCCGUCAGGUACAGUAGCUGGCUAUAGGAGGACUGUAGCAUAGUGCCGUCAGGUACAGUAGCUGGCUAUAGGAGGACUGUAGCAUAGUGCCGUCAGGUAAAGUAGCUGGCUAUAGGAGGACUGUAGCAUAGUGCCGUCAGGUACAGUAGCUGACUAUAGGAGGACUGUAGCAUAGUGUCGUCAGGUACAGUAGCUGGCUAUAGGAGGACUGUAGCAUAGUGUCGUCAGGUACAGUAGCUGACUAUAGGAGGACUGUAGCAUAGUGCCGUCAGGUACAGUAGCUGACUAUAGGAGGACUGUAGCAUAGUGCCGUCAGGUACAGUAGCUGGCUAUAGGAGGACUGUAGCAUAGUGCCGUCAGGUACAGUAGCUGGCUAUAGGAGGACUGUAGCAUAGUGCCGUCAGGUACAGUAGCUGACUAUAGGAGGACUGUAGCAUAGUGCCGUCAGGUACAGUAGCUGACUAUAGGAGGACUGUAGCAUAGUGCCGUCAGGUACAGUAGCUGGCUAUAGGAGGACUGUAGCAUAGUGCCGUCAGGUACAGUAGCUGACUAUAGGAGGACUGUAGCAUAGUGCCGUCAGGUACAGUAGCUGGCUAUAGGAGGACUGUAGCAUAGUGCCGUCAGGUACAGUAGCUGGCCAUAGGAGGACUGUAGCAUAGUGCCGUCAGGUACAGUAGCUGGCUAUAGGAGGACUGUAGCAUAGUGCCGUCAGGUACAGUAGCUGGCUAUAGGAGGACUGUAGCAUAGUGCCGUCAGGUACAGUAGCUGGCUAUAGGAGGACUGUAGCAUAGUGCCGUCAGGUACAGUAGCUGGCUAUAGGAGGACUGUAGCAUAGUGCCGUCAGGUACAGUAGCUGACUAUAGGAGGACUGUAGCAUAGUGCCGUCAGGUACAGUAGCUGGCUAUAGGAGGACUGUAGCAUAGUGCCGUCAGGUACAGUAGCUGGCUAUAGGAGGACUGUAGCAUAGUGCCGUCAGGUACAGUAGCUGGCUAUAGGAGGACUGUAGCAUAGUGCCGUCAGGUACAGUAGCUGGCUAUAGGAGGACUGUAGCAUAGUGCCGUCAGGUACAGUAGCUGGCUAUAGGAGGACUGUAGCAUAGUGCCGUCAGGUACAGUAGCUGGCUAUAGGAGGACUGUAGCAUAGUGCCGUCAGGUACAGUAGCUGGCUAUAGGAGGACUGUAGCAUAGUGCCGUCAGGUACAGUAGCUGGCUAUAGGAGGACUGUAGCAUAGUGCCGUCAGGUACAGUAGCUGGCUAUAGGAGGACUGUAGCAUAGUGCCGUCAGGUACAGUAGCUGACUAUAGGAGGACUGUAGCAUAGUGCCGUCAGGUACAGUAGCUGGCUAUAGGAGGACUGUAGCAUAGUGCCGUCAGGUACAGUAGCUGGCUAUAGGAGGACUGUAGCAUAGUGCCGUCAGGUACAGUAGCUGACUAUAGGAGGACUGUAGCAUAGUGUCGUCAGGUACAGUAGCUGGCUAUAGGAGGACUGUAGCAUAGUGUCGUCAGGUACAGUAGCUGACUAUAGGAGGACUGUAGCAUAGUGCCGUCAGGUACAGUAGCUGGCUAUAGGAGGACUGUAGCAUAGUGCCGUCAGGUACAGUAGCUGGCUAUAGGAGGACUGUAGCAUAGUGCCGUCAGGUACAGUAGCUGGCUAUAGGAGGACUGUAGCAUAGUGCCGUCAGGUACAGUAGCUGGCUAUAGGAGGACUGUAGCAUAGUGCCGUCAGGUACAGUAGCUGGCUAUAGGAGGACUGUAGCAUAGUGCCGUCAGGUACAGUAGCUGGCUAUAGGAGGACUGUAGCAUAGUGCCGUCAGGUACAGUAGCUGGCUAUAGGAGGACUGUAGCAUAGUGCCGUCAGGUACAGUAGCUGACUAUAGGAGGACUGUAGCAUAGUGUCGUCAGGUACAGUAGCUGGCUAUAGGAGGACUGUAGCAUAGUGUCGUCAGGUACAGUAGCUGGCUAUAGGAGGACUGUAGCAUAGUGCCGUCAGGUACAGUAGCUGACUAUAGGAGGACUGUAGCAUAGUGUCGUCAGGUACAGUAGCUGGCUAUAGGAGGACUGUAGCAUAGUGCCGUCAGGUACAGUAGCUGGCUAUAGGAGGACUGUAGCAUAGUGUCGUCAGGUACAGUAGCUGACUAUAGGAGGACUGUAGCAUAGUGUCGUCAGGUACAGUAGCUGGCUAUAGGAGGACUGUAGCAUAGUGCCGUCAGGUACAGUAGCUGGCUAUAGGAGGACUGUAGCAUAGUGCCGUCAGGUACAGUAGCUGGCUAUAGGAGGACUGUAGCAUAGUGCCGUCAGGUACAGUAGCUGGCUAUAGGAGGACUGUAGCAUAGUGCCGUCAGGUACAGUAGCUGGCUAUAGGAGGACUGUAGCAUAGUGCCGUCAGGUACAGUAGCUGGCUAUAGGAGGACUGUAGCAUAGUGCCGUCAGGUACAGUAGCUGACUAUAGGAGGACUGUAGCAUAGUGUCGUCAGGUACAGUAGCUGGCUAUAGGAGGACUGUAGCAUAGUGUCGUCAGGUACAGUAGCUGGCUAUAGGAGGACUGUAGCAUAGUGUCGUCAGGUACAGUAGCUGACUAUAGGAGGACUGUAGCAUAGUGCCGUCAGGUACAGUAGCUGGCUAUAGGAGGACUGUAGCAUAGUGCCGUCAGGUACAGUAGCUGACUAUAGGAGGACUGUAGCAUAGUGCCGUCAGGUACAGUAGCUGACUAUAGGAGGACUGUAGCAUAGUGCCGUCAGGUACAGUAGCUGGCUAUAGGAGGACUGUAGCAUAGUGCCGUCAGGUACAGUAGCUGGCUAUAGGAGGACUGUAGCAUAGUGCCGUCAGGUACAGUAGCUGGCUAUAGGAGAACUGUAGCAUAGUUCCGUCAGGUACAGUAGCUGGCUAUAGGAGGACUGUAGCAUAGUGUCGUCAGGUACAGUAGCUGGCUAUAGGAGGACUGUAGCAUAGUGCCGUCAGGUACAGUAGCUGGCUAUAGGAGGACUGUAGCAUAGUGCCGUCAGGUACAGUAGCUGGCUAUAGGAGGACUGUAGCAUAGUGCCGUCAGGUACAGUAGCUGACUAUAGAAGGACUGUAGCAUAGUGCCGUCAGGUACAGUAGCUGGCUAUAGGAGGACUGUAGCAUAGUGCCGUCAGGUACAGUAGCUGACUAUAGAAGGACUGUAGCAUAGUGCCGUCAGGUACAGUAGCUGGCUAUAGGAGGACUGUAGCAUAGUGCCGUCAGGUACAGUAGCUGGCUAUAGGAGGACUGUAGCAUAGUGUCGUCAGGUACAGUAGCUGACUAUAGGAGGACUGUAGCAUAGUGCCGUCAGGUACAGUAGCUGACUAUAGGAGGACUGUAGCAUAGUGCCGUCAGGUACAGUAGCUGGCUAUAGGAGGACUGUAGCAUAGUGCCGUCAGGUACAGUAGCUGACUAUAGGAGGACUGUAGCAUAGUGCCGUCAGGUACAGUAGCUGGCUAUAGGAGGACUGUAGCAUAGUGCCGUCAGGUACAGUAGCUGGCUAUAGGAGGACUGUAGCAUAGUGCCGUCAGGGACAGUAGCUGGCUAUAGGAGGACUGUAGCAUAGUGCCGUCAGGUACAGUAGCUGGCUAUAGGAGGACUGUAGCAUAGUGCCGUCAGGUACAGUAGCUGGCUAUAGGAGGACUGUAGCAUAGUGCCGUCAGGGACAGUAGCUGGCUAUAGGAGGACUGUAGCAUAGUGCCGUCAGGUACAGUAGCUGGCUAUAGGAGGACUGUAGCAUAGUGCCGUCAGGUACAGUAGCUGGCUAUAGGAGGACUGUAGCAUAGUGCCGUCAGGUACAGUAGCUGGCUAUAGGAGGACUGUAGCAUAGUGCCGUCAGGUACAGUAGCUGGCUAUAGGAGGACUGUAGCAUAGUGCCGUCAGGUACAGUAGCUGACUAUAGGAGGACUGUAGCAUAGUGUCGUCAGGUACAGUAGCUGGCUAUAGGAGGACUGUAGCAUAGUGUCGUCAGGUACAGUAGCUGGCUAUAGGAGGACUGUAGCAUAGUGCCGUCAGGUACAGUAGCUGACUAUAGGAGGACUGUAGCAUAGUGUCGUCAGGUACAGUAGCUGGCUAUAGGAGGACUGUAGCAUAGUGCCGUCAGGUACAGUAGCUGGCUAUAGGAGGACUGUAGCAUAGUGUCGUCAGGUACAGUAGCUGACUAUAGGAGGACUGUAGCAUAGUGUCGUCAGGUACAGUAGCUGGCUAUAGGAGGACUGUAGCAUAGUGCCGUCAGGUACAGUAGCUGGCUAUAGGAGGACUGUAGCAUAGUGCCGUCAGGUACAGUAGCUGGCUAUAGGAGGACUGUAGCAUAGUGCCGUCAGGUACAGUAGCUGGCUAUAGGAGGACUGUAGCAUAGUGCCGUCAGGUACAGUAGCUGGCUAUAGGAGGACUGUAGCAUAGUGCCGUCAGGUACAGUAGCUGGCUAUAGGAGGACUGUAGCAUAGUGCCGUCAGGUACAGUAGCUGACUAUAGGAGGACUGUAGCAUAGUGUCGUCAGGUACAGUAGCUGGCUAUAGGAGGACUGUAGCAUAGUGUCGUCAGGUACAGUAGCUGGCUAUAGGAGGACUGUAGCAUAGUGUCGUCAGGUACAGUAGCUGACUAUAGGAGGACUGUAGCAUAGUGCCGUCAGGUACAGUAGCUGGCUAUAGGAGGACUGUAGCAUAGUGCCGUCAGGUACAGUAGCUGACUAUAGGAGGACUGUAGCAUAGUGCCGUCAGGUACAGUAGCUGACUAUAGGAGGACUGUAGCAUAGUGCCGUCAGGUACAGUAGCUGGCUAUAGGAGGACUGUAGCAUAGUGCCGUCAGGUACAGUAGCUGGCUAUAGGAGGACUGUAGCAUAGUGCCGUCAGGUACAGUAGCUGGCUAUAGGAGAACUGUAGCAUAGUUCCGUCAGGUACAGUAGCUGGCUAUAGGAGGACUGUAGCAUAGUGUCGUCAGGUACAGUAGCUGGCUAUAGGAGGACUGUAGCAUAGUGCCGUCAGGUACAGUAGCUGGCUAUAGGAGGACUGUAGCAUAGUGCCGUCAGGUACAGUAGCUGGCUAUAGGAGGACUGUAGCAUAGUGCCGUCAGGUACAGUAGCUGACUAUAGAAGGACUGUAGCAUAGUGCCGUCAGGUACAGUAGCUGGCUAUAGGAGGACUGUAGCAUAGUGCCGUCAGGUACAGUAGCUGACUAUAGAAGGACUGUAGCAUAGUGCCGUCAGGUACAGUAGCUGGCUAUAGGAGGACUGUAGCAUAGUGCCGUCAGGUACAGUAGCUGGCUAUAGGAGGACUGUAGCAUAGUGUCGUCAGGUACAGUAGCUGACUAUAGGAGGACUGUAGCAUAGUGCCGUCAGGUACAGUAGCUGACUAUAGGAGGACUGUAGCAUAGUGCCGUCAGGUACAGUAGCUGGCUAUAGGAGGACUGUAGCAUAGUGCCGUCAGGUACAGUAGCUGACUAUAGGAGGACUGUAGCAUAGUGCCGUCAGGUACAGUAGCUGGCUAUAGGAGGACUGUAGCAUAGUGCCGUCAGGUACAGUAGCUGGCUAUAGGAGGACUGUAGCAUAGUGCCGUCAGGGACAGUAGCUGGCUAUAGGAGGACUGUAGCAUAGUGCCGUCAGGUACAGUAGCUGGCUAUAGGAGGACUGUAGCAUAGUGCCGUCAGGUACAGUAGCUGGCUAUAGGAGGACUGUAGCAUAGUGCCGUCAGGGACAGUAGCUGGCUAUAGGAGGACUGUAGCAUAGUGCCGUCAGGUACAGUAGCUGGCUAUAGGAGGACUGUAGCAUAGUGCCGUCAGGUACAGUAGCUGGCUAUAGGAGGACUGUAGCAUAGUGCCGUCAGGGACAGUAGCUGGCUAUAGGAGGACUGUAGCAUAGUGCCGUCAGGUACAGUAGCUGGCUAUAGGAGGACUGUAGCAUAGUGCCGUCAGGUACAGUAGCUGGCUAUAGGAGGACUGUAGCAUAGUGCCAUCAGGUACAGUAGCUGGCUAUAGGAGGACUGUAGCAUAGUGUCGUCAGGUACAGUAGCUGACUAUAGGAGGACUGUUGCAUAGUGCCGUCAGGUACAGUAGCUGGCUAUAGGAGGACUGUAGCAUAGUGCCAUCAGGUACAGUAGCUGACUAUAGGAGGACUGUUGCAUAGUGCCGUCAGGUACAGUAGCUGGCUAUAGGAGGACUGUAGCAUAGUGCCGUCAGGUACAGUAGCUGGCUAUAGGAGGACUGUAGCAUAGUGCUGUCAGGUACAGUAGCUGACUAUAGGAGGACUGUAGCAUAGUGCCGUCAGGUACAGUAGCUGGCUAUAGGAGGACUGUAGAAUAGUGCCGUCAAGUACAGUAGCCGGCUAUAGGAGGACUGUUGCAUAGUGCCAUCAGGUACAGUAGCUGACUAUAGGAGGACUGUAGCAUAGUGCCGUCAGGUACAGUAGCUGGCUAUAGGAGGACUGUAGCAUAGUGCCGUCAGGUACAGUAAAUCAAAUCAAAUCAAAUUUUAUUGGUCACAUGCGCCGAAUACAACAGGUGCAGACAUUGCAGUGAAAUGCUUACUUACAGCCCUUAACCAACAGUGCAUUUAUUUUAAACAAAAAAAGUAAGAAUAAAACAACAACAACAAAAAAGUGUUGAGAAAAAAAGAGCAGAAGUAAAAUAAAGUGACAGUAGGGAGGCUAUAUAUACAGUAAAAUAAAGUGACAGUAGGGAGGCUAUAUAUACAGUAAAAUAAAGUGACAGUAGGGAGGCUAUAUAUACAGGGGGGUACCGUUGCAGAGUCAAUGUGCGGGGGCACCGGCUAGUUGAGGUAGUUGAGGUAAUAUGUACAUGUGGGUAGAGUUAAAGUAACUAUGCAUAAAUACUUAACAGAGUAGCAGCAGCGUAAAAAGGAUGGGGUGGGGGGGCAGUGCAAAUAGUCCGGGUAGCCAUGAUUAGCUGUUCAGGAGUCUUAUGGCUUGGGGGUAGAAGCUGUUGAGAAGUCUUUUGGACCUAGACUUGGCACUCCGGUACCGCUUGCCGUGCGGUAGCAGAGAGAACAGUCUAUGACUAGGGUGGCUGGAGUCUUUGACAAUUUUGAGGGCCUUCCUCUGACACCGCCUGGUAUAGAGGUCCUGGAUGGCAGGGAGCUUUGCCCCAGUGAUGUACUGGGCCGUACGCACUACCCUCUGUAGUGCCUUGCGGUCAGAGGCCAAGCAGUUGCCAUACCAGGCGGUGAUGCAACCAGUCAGGAUGCUCUCGAUGGUGCAGCUGUAGAAUUUUUUGAGGAUCUGAGGACCCAUGCCAAAUCUUUUUAGUCUCCUGAGGGGGAAUAGGCUUUGUCGUGCCCUCUUCACGACUGUCUUGGUGUGUUUGGACCAUGAUAGUUCGUUGGUGAUGUGGACACCAAGGAACUUGAAGCUCUCAACCUGUUCCACUACAGCCCCGUCGAUGAGAAUGGGGGCGUGCUCAGUCCUCUUUUUUUUCCUGUAGUCCACAAUCAUCUCCUUUGUCUUGGUCACGUUGAGGGAGAGGUUGUUGUCCUGGCACCACACGGCCAGAUCUCUGGCUAUAGGAGGACUGUAGCAUAGUGCCGUCAGGUACAGUAGCUGACUAUAGGAGGACUGUAGCAUAGUGCCAUCAGGUACAGUAGCUGGCUAUAGGAGGACUGUAGCAUAGUGCCGUCAGGUACAGUAGCUGGCUAUAGGAGGACUGUAGCAUAGUGCUGUCAGGUACAGUAGCUGGCUAUAGGAGGACUGUAGCAUAGUGCCGUCAGGUACAGUAGCUGGCUAUAGGAGGACUGUAGCAUAGUGCCGUCAGGUACAGUAGCUGGCUAUAGGAGGACUGUAGCAUAGUGCCAUCAGGUACAGUAGCUGGCUAUAGGAGGACUGUAGCAUAGUGCCGUCAGGUACAGUAGCUGGCUAUAGGAGGACUGUAGCAUGUCACUUGCAUUACAUUGAUACAGACUGAAGGUGUACAGCACAUAAAACAGUAUCACGAGCAGCAAAUAAUGCGAUGAAUUAGAAUGUGCAAGACAGUGAUGGGUUUGUCCAUACAUACUGAUUCCAUGUCUUUUCCUAGUCAAGAAACGUUUAAUUAAAAAAAAUAUUUUUAGGAGCACAUUCUCACUGACCAUUCAGGAGCACGUUCUCACUGACCAUUCAGGAGCACGUUCUCACUGACCAUUCAGGAGCACGUUCUCACUGACCAUUCAGGAGCACGUUCUCACUGACCAUUCAGGAGCACGUUCUCACUGACCAUUCAGGAGCACGUUCUCACUGACCAUUCAGGAGCACGUUCUCAUUGACCAUUCAGGAGCACAUUCUCACUGACCAUUCAGGAGCACGUUCUCACUGACCUUUCAGGAGCACGUUCUCACUGACCAUUCAGGAGCACGUUCUCACUGACCAUUCAGGAGCACAUUCUCACUGACCAUUCAGGAGCACGUUCUCACUGACCAUUCAGGAGCACGUUCUCACUGACCAUUCAGGAGCACGUUCUCACUGACCAUUCAGGAGCACAUUCUCACUGACCAUUCAGGAGCACGUUCUCACUGACCUUUCAGGAGCACGUUCUCACUGACCAUUCAGGAGCACGUUCUCACUGACCAUUCAGGAGCACGUUCUCACUGACCAUUCAGGAGCACGUUCUCACUGACCAUUCAGGAGCACGUUCUCACUGACCAUUCAGGAGCACGUUCUCACUGACCAUUCAGGAGCACGUUCUCACUGACCAUUCAGGAGCACGUUCUCACUGACCAUUCGAGCACAUUCUUCUCCUUCAUGGUGAAACUCAUAGCAAGGCUGCAUGAAUGAUUCACAAGAAACACCUUGUUCUUAUACUCACAGACUCUAUAUUCAAUUCACUUCAAAUAACUUUUGUUUCCUGAGAGGGAACUUUGUGUGUGGUAAAGUAUUGGUACGUACAAGACAAACAUAUAUACAUGUAUGCGGUUACAGGCUUUACACCAGUGGAGGGGAGGACAGCUCAUAAUAAUGGCUGGAACGGCGCAAAUGGAAUGGCGUCAAACACAUGGAAACCAUGGGUUUGAUGUAUUUGAUACCAUUCCACCUAUUUCCCUCGAGCCAUUACCACGAGCCCGUCCUCCCCAGUUAAGGUGCCAAGGUGAAUACACAUACAGUAUAUUCAUGAUGUUGCAGUAGAAUGUUGAGAUGCUAUGUAUGUUAUGUGCAGAGAUUUACUAAUUAAAUAUAGGUGGACACUUGGUCUCUCUCUGGUCAUGUGAUCUCUUCACUGAUAAUGUGUUGAUCCAGUGUUGUUUUACAGCAGAGACACAGCAGGACAUGUGACUGAUGUGACCAAUAGCAUCCUGCCACGUCAUCGCCCCGGGCAUGACCUGAUGUAAGAGACCGUUCUCUGUUCGUCUUGCUUCUACACACAGUCAGUAACUAGUCUUCUCUUGUACUAGAGGACAGUGAGAACGGUGAACUCACUCUGUGUCGCUACUACUGUCUGCCAGAAGAGGGCGAUAUGACUGUUUGGUCGUUGAGGUCUCAUUCUGCUGGUUAAAUAACCACAUUGUUUUACACAACAACAACAAAAUCUCAAAUGUUGAUAUUUACCAUUUUAAAAUAUGAUAACAGCUGAGAAACCUGUGCUGUAAGCAAAGUUCGAGAGGUUUGGAACAUCCUUUGUUGAGAGGGCUGGAGCAAACAUUUGCCUUUUGCUCCAAUGCAACCCCUUUGUUUUCCACAUUAAAACAGUCAUUUAGGCCUGUAGUAAACAUUACUGUCAAACACAAUUGCAUAAUAGAUGGAAAAAGUGAUGUAUUCCUGAUGUCGACGUCGGUCCUUACUUUGUGGGAGGCUAGCGCUACAGCUCACAACAGCAUUUGUAGUGUGUCUCACACACCACUGACACACACCACUGACAUACACACACCACUAACACACCCACUGACACACACCACUGACACACACACACACCACUGACACACACCACUGACACACACACCACUAACACACACCACUGACACACCCACUGACACACACACACACCACUGACACACACCACUGACACACUCACUGACACACACCACUGACACACACACACCACUGACACACACACACCACUGACACACACCACUGACACACACACACCACUGACACACACCACUGACACACACACACCACUGACACACACCACUGACACACACACACCACUGACACACACCACUGACACACCCACUAACACACACCACUGACACACACCACUGACGCUUUUAGAAGACUUGGCAACACUUAACACAACAUUCACUUAACAACAUUUGAGUCAUGCCAAGAGACCUUUCAUGAACAUCUGUCUGUAUAUUUGGUGUAGGCUAUAAGAUAUCCCAUUCGCACACUGUCUGGGCGUAGUGGCAAUUUUAUUUUACCUUAAUUUUAUUAGGGAGUCAUACUGAGACCAAGGUCUCUUUUAUAGAUGAGCCCUGAAUUACAUAAAUGACAGAAAAUACACACAUCAAUAUAAAUACAAAAUACAAGCAGAAAAAAAAUAAUAAUGCACUCAGUGUUUAUCAAAUCAAACUUGAUUUAAGGUGCAUUUAAAAUAAGAAUACACUUUACAGUAAAACAACAUGAUGGAGAGAAAACAAGACACAGUCGUGACAGAUAGGGUCAUAAACAUGCAGCAGAUGUAACAUAUCUAUCCCUGUGAGCAUAAACACCAGGUUGACUAGAGCCUGUGAGUUUGUCUCUGUGAGUCUGCUCAGAGAGAGUUAUUCAGCAGUAGAUUCUUGUAGGUUUUCCUGUGAGGGAAGCCAUAGGCCAGUGGAAGCUGCUGAGGGGAGGACGGCUCAUAAUAAUGUCUGGGACGGAGCGAAUGGAAUGGCAUCAAACACAUAGAAACCAUGGAAACCAUGUGCUUGAUGUAUUUGAUACCAUUCCACUGAUUCCGUUCCAGCCAUUACCACGAGCCCGUCCUCCCCAAUUAAGGUGGCACCAACCUCCUGUGCUAUAGACCUAAUGUAUGACGUAAUGAGUCCUUUCUCUCUGCAGCGUCAAACCUGUUUUAAAGUGUCUGUCUCCGAUUCCAGGGAGUUGGACACCACAUAUGCAGUGGAUUACCUACCCCAAUGGGACUACAGCAAAGAGGCGGUGAGAGUGAGUGUCAAACAUAAUCAGAUAUUAAUAACUGCAUGGACUGUUUAGGAUGAGUGUCAUUUUCACUGGACACCCGUUCAAACCUCAAACACCUUUUCAAAUGGAUAUCACCAUUUCAUAGUCUUCUGCUUUAUUAUUGAAUUACUAUCCCUUGUUUCUUCUCCUCCUAGACAUACUGUUUCCUGUCAUCUGACACACGUCAACUCCUCCUAGACAUACUGUUUCCUGUCAUCUGACACACGUCAACUCCUCCUAGACAUACUGUUUCCUCUCAUCUGACACACGUCAACUCCUCCUAGACAUACUGUUUCCUGUCAUCUGACACACGUCAACUCCUCCUAGACAUACUGUUUCCUCUCAUCUGACACACGUCAACUCCUCCUAGACAUACUGUUUCCUGUCAUCUGACACACGUCAACUCCUCCUAGACAUACUGUUUCCUGUCAUCUGACACACGUCAACUCCUCCUAGACAUACUGUUUCCUGUCAUCUGACACACGUCAACUCCUCCUAGACAUACUGUUUCCUGUCAUCUGACACACGUCAACUCCUCCUAGACAUACUGUUUCCUGUCAUCUGACACACGUCAACUCCUCCUAGACAUACUGUUUCCUCUCAUCUGACACACGUCAACUCCUCCUAGACAUACUGUUUCCUCUCAUCUGACACACGUCAACUCCUCCUAGACAUACUGUUUCCUGUCAUCUGACACACGUCGACCAUGUGUUGACAGAUACAGUACAUUUUCAUGUACCACCAUGUAUAGAAGGUUGUUAUCCAUAGCAUUAGUGCUUCCAUUUGAGUGUUUCUGUUAUGUCAUGUGUCAUCAUUUGGCUGUUCCAGAAGCACUUGUGAUAUGCUGCUCUGUCAGCAGUGGCAGGUUUCUAGCGUUAUGUAUUUAAUGUGUGGUUUUAUUUUUUCCUCUGUAUAACUGUUCCCAGAUGUGUAAUAUAGUGGAUAAUGCUCUACAGAAGGACUAGUCUGGGAUUCUGAGCUCUGGGCUUACCCUGCAGGGAGCUGCAUACGUUUCACAUUCAACUUUUAAUUCCAUAGAAAUAUAUUUUUUAAACUCUUCUCAUUUUUAACAGGAAAUAAAACAAAGUAUGGAUUAUAGUGCAAUAGGUUCCCCAUGUGGAGAGAUUGCUGUGUGGAUUUCUGAUUCCCCUAUUAUGUAAACUUUAGUGAACUUAGUUUUUUUAUAUGAGUACAUUUGAGGACAUGUGUGUGCUGAUUUCCAUGAUCAAUGUCCACCUGUUGCUGAGGUUGGCUACCUGUUCUUAGAGGACUAUACUGCUGUUCAACAAUCUUGGCACUACUUUGGAAAGGGACCAAAUCAAAUAAAGAAAUCUGAAACUUUUUCAGAUUAGAUGUUUUGAGCUUCGAUAAAUGUCACUCCAUAGAACCAUUUUGUAGAGGCCCACAUUAUUAAGCUAGUCUGCGAUCAAAGUACAACAUUUCCACAGCUCUUUGUCUUGAGCAAAGAACCAGUGAUAGACUCAAACCUUGUCACUUUUCCACCCAAGGGUAUUACACCGGUGCCUGGCCUAACCUCAGGGUUUUACACCAGUGCCUGGCUUAAAGCCUCGAACUUGUGAAAAAGCAGCAUCUACAUCCACACAUUGUGUCUCCCCCUCCAGAGGACCAUGAAGGGCCCAGCAGACAGCAGUCCUGACUACAGGAAGCCCCAGUCCCAGUUCACAGACACCGCCGACUACCGUCGCGUGGGCAGGAACACCUGGCAGGAUGAGAGCGGGGUCUAUGGUACCCUGGGGGCCACAUCCAGGUCCCAGGCUCAGCCCUCCAACCCCAUCUGCCCCUAG